GUCUGCGAUUCCCGCUCGCGGUCACGUCUCCGUCUCCGUCUCGCUCUCUCUCGCCAGGGAUUACUCAUUGCCUCAGUGAAUAAUAUCGAGAAGGGGACUUCGACUUCGCUGACUGACCGCCGAGCCUGUCUUCUUAGGUCAUCAACCGCAUACAGGAGCCACACCGUCCGGUGCAUCUAGAUCUGCGGAGCACCAGCGGCGGAUAAACACAGAUACCACAUACCUCGAUUGCGUCGAGAUAUACGACAUUCGCAAAAGACGCCAGCUCAUCCAUGGAGUACGCUGCAGCCGCUGCCACGGCCGUUCGCGAGGUUAGACUACGCAGACAACUUUCCCCCCCCCUUCUCUGUUUAUCGCGCUUCUUCUCCUGCUCCCUCCCCUCCCUCCUCUCUCCUUCUUCCUCUCUGUGGGUGUGCGUGUCUCUCUUGCCCGAGCCGCGUCGUUUAUUCCCUGUUCGCUCGAACCUAGGGGUGUGCGAUUAUACAUAUAUCAUCAGGAACAGCGUACAGCUGGUACACUUUCUACGUCUACACACAUUCACACACACACACACACACUCUCUCUCUCUCUCUCACACGCAUUAUACGCACGCACACGCGCGCGCAGGCAUAUACACACCCCCAUACAUCAUACCUGGACGCAUACUAGAUUUGGUGGUUUGCGUCGACUCUUUCCUCGAAAUUACUUUCCCACCCCCCCUGCAUCGACAAACGCCGUCCUUGCUCCGAGCGGAGCCCGUCCCUCGCGCGCGCCUUUUACCCCCCUCUUGCGUGCCUCUGGGUAAAUAGUGCGUUUUGGACGGAUCAAUCCGUUUCGGACUCUGUCCCUGGCUAGCUAAUCUCCUCUCGCCAAUCUUUCUCUUCACCACAAGUGUUCCUCUUGGUAUCCCGAUGCUGACUCAGACAUACGAUGCAGAACCACGCUGGCUCUAAUGCUACCUCAGGGUAUCCUCGAACCGCCAUUACUGAA